AUGAGGAAUGACACUGAAGCGGCUAAGCGAUUGAUCGAGCAGGGAGCGAAUCCCUGCUGCGAAGACCAGCGGCAGUGGAGCCCACUGAUCUGGGCUGCCUCGCACGGCAACGAGGACCUGACCAGACUACUGAUCAAACACAAUGCCGCGGAGGUGUACAAAUCUGAUGAGACAAAGGUGCGAAAGAAGCACAGCCCUCUUCAUUGGGCGGCCUUUAAAGGUCAUCUCAAGGCUUACCACGAGAAGCUUCGUGAGUUUCACCCCGACAAGCGGCCUGAGAGCCGGGGUGAAACUGGUGGACGGGUGACACAGGCCGUGCUGGAUGCCUGGACCGUGCUACAGGACGCUGAGAAGCGCAAGGCUUAUGACAUCAUCUGGACAAAGAUGAGGAGAGAGCAGUCUGCAGCAGAGUUCGCGGAGGCUCGGCGAAGGGAGGGCAACGAGCUAUACAAAGAAGCUCAGGCGUUGUCCAAGAUGUCUGGACCUGACAGUCUGUCGGCAGCAACGGCGGCCUUGACCAAGUACCAGGCAGCCAUUGAAAGAUACUCUGAAGGCAUUUCUUUGGCUCCUCAGGACGCGGUGAUUGUGGUGGAGCUGAAACCUGACUUCAUGAAGGGAUGGUUCCUGCUUGCCAAAGCGCUUUGGAAAGAGGGAAACGCGGUCCUGGCGCAACGACAGCUUGACGCGGCUUUGCAGGCUUUGCCAGGUUGCGCCGAACUGCUUGCUUUGCAGGACGAGAUGGCGGCGGACGUUCAGGCAGCAGCUGGCGGCGAUCUGCUGCCACCAGUCCAGCGCUCCAGAAGUAGCCGAAGUGUCUCGCCUGCUUGCACGCCGGUACAAGGCAACUCCAGAUCAAACUCUCGCGUAGCCACUCCGCCUCCUGUACGUGGAGCCUCCAAGUCGUCGACCGGUGCCAGUGCACGGCACCGAUCUUCGUCUCGCCCACGCCACCGGAGUGCACAGAUUGGGAGGAGACCGCGAAGUUUGGUGAGGAUGCCGAGAGGACGGCUCAUUUUGGCGAGUUCGACGUCUCGCACUCUGCCUAUUCACAGUCCGGUCCCGGCCGCUCCACCAGCCCCAUUCGACCGCCUGCCGGGCCGCCUCCGGCUCCACCCGGAGCACCCGGAGCACCAGCAGCGCCACCACCGCCUCCGCCCCGCGACGCUUCUCAUGGACGCACAAAGGGGUCCUCCCUUGCUGGCAUGGCGGCCUCCAGUCGGCUUGGAGUUCCUGGAGGUUGAUGUUCCCUUGCCGUGGCAUGGCUUCAUUGUACAAAUGAACCACCAGCUUGCGUGCAGAGGCUUCUGGGAAGCAGUUUUCUUCCACGGUGCUGAGAUACUUGUGCUCAUGGUCCAGUCCUUGGAUGUGUUCUGCGAGAAGGAGAUCACACAGACGUUUGUUUUUGAGCACCCCGAAGCAAGCGAGAAGGAGAAGCCGGUGACCUGGUGCAAUGAGGUCAGAACGACCAUCCAGGAGCUGGAGCAUCAGCUAACCAAUGCUAUGCACCUUAAUCAGCUCGAGACGGUCACUGCCGCAUUGGAAGCUGCUGCUGACAAGCCUGUCGAUUGCAAGCUGGUGCACCAGUGUAACCAGCUGAAGGAGAAACUUGAGUCGGAAAUACAGCUAGGGAAAGCGAUGCAGGUGACAACCAUCACCGACUUGGACGAGUUUGACAGCGUGCACGAUGCGUUGAGCAAGGCCAUCGACGAUGCAGUCGCAAAGAAAGCGGACCCAGUGCGAGUCCAAGCUGCAAAAACCUUGCGGCGGAAGCUUCUGGCAGAAGCAUCGCUCAUGCGAACUGUUCUCGGUCCGCAGAAAACAACGGUGGCUCACAUCAGCAUGCUGCAGGAGCUGCUAACAGCGGCAAAGGCAGAAAGUGCAAACGAAGAGCUCGUUCUACAAGCUUCCAAGCUGAUAGCACGACUCAGAAGUGAAAGUGAAGUGCAGCAGCGGAUAUCGGCAACGGCAGUCCUGUGCGAAGUUGACUGCUUCAAGGAAGCCGAAGGGAGGGAAGAGAUGCCGGACUGGUCUCGUGACACCGAGAGGUUCGAAGAGUUUCACGAGGACUUCAAACGCGUCAUGGAGGACGCGGAGCGUGAUCAGAUUUCGGAAAUCCUCAUGAACACCGCGCUGGAGCAGCUCGAUAAGAUUGAGCGCUUGCUGGUGGACAAAAAGCAAACAGAAGAAGAAAUGCGCCUCAAGGCAGCAAAGGCGUCAAAGAAAAAAGGCAAAAAAUGA